AUGAUAAGCAAUAACACUAAUCCAACAACCGAAAACCAUCUAAGACCCAACGGCUUCCAUCCCUCCGUUAAGAAGAUAGUGAUUCCUAGAAUAGAACCAAAAACUCGAAGUACUUUCUUUACCUUUACUAAUACAAGCAUAAAAACAGAGGAUGAUCCUAUUUUAAGAUUCAUUCCAUAUAUCCCGGGUGCCUCAGGAUUUAUAAAUCUCACAGAAUUCAAGAACACGGGAUUUAUAGAGAAAUGCUAUUCAUAUGAUAAGGAAGUUGUUAAAGGGACACUUCCUAAGAAGUUGGAUGUUUGGGACAGAUCAAGUUUCCGUGAGGAAUGUGUUAAAGAUGAUGGACUUCGAAUAAUGAGAAGAAUCUUUUGUAAUGUAUGCUUUAUUUUUGGAUGUAGAUGGCACUCCAAGACAGAAGGAAUUUGCAUAAAGCCUGUAGGUUUUGAGAAGAAUCCAACAAAUGCAUUUGUAGAGGCUAGAGACAUCUGUGGAGAUAUAUGCAAGAAAAUGAAAAUCACAUGCAAGGAAUCCACUAAGGAAGAGCUUGACUUUAAUGCUUAUAACGCCCUUUAUGAGGCCUGUAUGGAGUCUCAAGGGUAUGAAUGUAUAGCUUCCCUGCUUUUCUACUUUAGGUAUAAGAAAUACAUUCCUUGUACAAAAAUAAAAGAUUCUUGUGCUAUUCCGCCAGGACGUCACAAGUAUUUGAUAGAAAGCAAGAGCAAGAACAAUGUUGAUUUCAAUGUCUUUUUUACACCUUGCGACCAUUCUGGAAACUGUACUAAAGAGAAUGGAUGUGUAUGCAUCUCUAACAAGACCAACUGUGAAAUGUCUUGUCUUUGUGCGGGAUGCAAAAACUUCUUCAUAGGAUGUAGAUGCUCUUCGGCAUGCGACAAUAAAUGUAGAUGUAGACAAGCAAUGAGAGAAUGUAUUCAGACGUGUUCAUGCAACCAGUGCGGAAACAGAGAUAUACAGUUGGGUAAGAAGUCGCCAAUAUAUGUGUCGUCUAGCAAAAUAGAAGGAUAUGGCCUGUUUGCCAAGGAAAAGAUAUCCAAGGGAAAGUUUAUCAUUGAGUAUGUGGGAGAGAUAAUAAGUAACGAGGAAGCAGAAAGAAGAGGGACUUUCUAUGAUUUGAAAGGAUGUUCAUACUUGUUUGAUCUGUACAGUAGGGAAGGAGUUCCUCUCUAUGUCAUCGACUCCAGGUUCAUAGGAAACGAGUCUAGAUUUAUAAAUCAUUCGAAGAAAAAUUCUAACCUAAAUGCACUUGUUCUGCUUGUGAAUGGGAUCAGGCGAAUCGGAUUCUAUGCCAGUAGAGAUAUAGAUAAGAAUGAAGAGUUAUUUUUUGAUUACAAAUAUAGUGAAAAGCAUAAAAAGAAGCAUGGGAUAAAAGACUAG